AUGCGGGGAGUAUUGAAUUUGAAAUCGGAGAGUGGAGCGUUGAUUACAGGAGUAUGUGCGAUGGUAUUAGAUGCGAAUGGUAGUCUGUCUGAUUUGAAUGACUGUACAUUUCAUGAGGUGUUGGUGAAAUUCCCGGUGAAGUGCGCUGGUGAUAAGGAUUUGAAGUGCAAGGAUUUGAAGUGUAAGGAUUUGAAGUGUAAGGAGUUUAAGUUGUUGUUAGCAAUGGCGCCGGGUGCGUCUGUAGCAAUGGCGCCGGGUGCGUCUGUAGUAGAGUAUUCGGCGUUGACAAAUAGGUUGCAGUUGUCUGCUCGUUCUAAGAGGAAUCGUAAGGCGGAUCCGUCGGCCUUGUAUCAGUUUUCAAGAUAUUUAGCACAUGUGAUUGUCAAUGAUCAACCACAUGGAUUCGAACCCACGACCUCCCGUUUGGGUAUCAUAUCCAUGCUUGAAAGAGAUAUCGCCGGCGCUUUUGCACCUUCUGUAGCGGCCUUCACCGCCCAGCUCACACCCACUGAGGAAAGAACACUCUGCUCCGGAUCCCGAACUUUUCAAAUCUACGACCCUCCCACCCGCCGCGAUAGCCGCUACUUCUGGACCAGUGAACACGCCUGGCGACAAAAUCAUCCGAAGGAUCGCUUGACAUGUCGCUACCCCACCCAACAUGACCCAGUCCACGGAGCUGACCAAGGAUCGGAGCAGACCGGAGCAAAGUAG